ACGGCGGAGGAAGCAGCAGGAGUUGUCUGUGUUCAUUACAACAUAAUGUAGACUGUUUGUAAUCUGUUAUACUGAUGUGCUGGGGAAACUUUAUAAUAAAUCAGUUGGCUCAUAGUGGCUGCUGCCUGCCAGUGUCCAUAAACCAAACUGCCGUCCAGCGCAGAGCCAGUGCGUCGUCACGCGGCUGGGAGAGGGCGUCAGUGCGCCUUCACACACGCUGUGGCAUGUUUACCGAGUGGAGAGUUUGAUCCGACUUGCAGAUCGCAUGUGGACUGUCACCCUGUCUGGGACCGAGCAGACGAUGAAGAGCAGCGACAGACCUGGUCUCCGUUUCUUUUUCUAAGUAUAUUAUGUAAGAUGAGAGCCUUUGUCUUGGGUCUGGUAAGUUCAAGAGGAUUUCUGAAGGGAACAUUAACAGUUUUCACAGAAGAAAUGUCCACAACUGCAAGUCCAACCAUCCCCUCCUCACAGCUGACAUCGGAUCAACUCACAGUGGUCGCUGCAUCCUUUUCUUCCCUGGUGUUCUUUGUGGUCAUUGUGGUGCUGCUGUCCAUUAUUUACCGCAAGGAUCUUCAGUGCUGCAAACUCCGCUCCUAUCAGGGGCCACAUGCAGAUAUGGAUGCUCCUCCUCAGUACUACAGCAGCAGACAGACACUGGUGGGAUCUCCUUGUCUGGAGCAGACUCACAUCAUGGAUGACAACAACCCUCAGCAGGCAGGUCAGCUGUUCUACGUCGGCCUGCCCUCCAGCUACAGGCUGCCGACACUGGAGGCCCCCCUGCCGAGACUCCCCUCCUACGAGAGCGUCCGAAAGAAGGACCGCCAGAGGCAGAUCCACCUAAUGAUUGCAGACCGCUUCGGCCUCAAUGGACCCAUUGUGACUGAGGCUCCUCCAACAUAUGAAGAGAGUAUCCGCCAGUCAGUGGAUUUGCCGUACAACAUCCUCUCAUCCAGUCUGGACAUCUCCCCUCCUCAGAGUAUCUACACCAACACAGGGCCCGACACUCAUCAUCCAUUCAACUGUGAUAACACCAAUAGCACUGUUCUACAUGUGUGAAUACUGAGCGAGCAUCUCCAGCUGUCUGAUGAAUGUGAAAAACACGUGAUAGCUUUAUACACAGAUUAAGUUACCAAAGGAACAAAAGAGUUGAAGAUUGGAUCACGUCUGGAUCCUUCCCACAAACUGAUUCUGAUACAUCAAGAAGGCUGAGUUGAUCUUGAGAGAUAGCUGAUAAAAGGAGCAUCCAUAAGGACACCUUUGGCUUUUGACGUUUGAAUGUUAAAAAGACUUUGUGACAGUUAUACUCUGCCAUGCUGAUACAUUAUAACAGAGAAUCACUGGAUAUUGACUGUAUUGACUAUUGACUUUUUACUGAGGUGGCUGGUACACCUUGAAGAAGAAAGUUGUGGACUACAACAUACCAAAAAGGAAACCACUAUUUACUUUGUUGAUUAUACUUUCGGUGAACACUUCUCUUCUCUUUUAUUGUGCUGCUCCUAAAACAAGAGAUUGUAAGAUUAUUGGAGAACUGUUUGUGUCUGUCAAACAUUGACAUUUCUAUGUCUUCUAGAAGGCGUGGACCGUGCCAGUCGCCUCUCUGUCAGCUCAGCAAAAUGUAUCCUGAAUUGUCUAAUUUACAAAUACUAGUUGUCUUUUACGUGGUUGACAUUGGAUGGUGAUGGCGUGUGGCUAUGAGUCGCUCAUCAGGAACAGGAAAGCAACUUUCCAGUCUCCUGCCAACUCUGCUAACCUGGCUUUGCUAGCCAGCUGGCCAGUCACGUUUUCAAGUGUUAACAUCCGAGUAAACAACCCAGAGGGAAACGUAGGGGCUAUCAGCUACGACCUUUGGUUACGAUCCUGACUACUUGGACAAGCAAGACCAUCUUUACAUCCAUUGCCGUCUCUAGGGAGGGCACCAGGGCAAGCGUGGAGGAAUUGAACACUGACGUUACUUCUCUGGAUUCCAACGGGAUAUCGGGACGAUUGUGUCCUUUUGCAGAGACUUGGUUGGAUCUUUGAUUGCCGGUGCCUUUCAACCGGGUGACUUUUUUUCUAUGUGCCGAUCUGAUGGCCACAUUCUGCUCAUAAUGAAUCAUGCCCAAGUUGAAGGAGCUGAUGGGAUUACAUUUUACUGGAAUUAUCCCUUGUAUCAUUUCAUGUGACAAAUAAAAGUGGGUGAUUGAUGAUUGAUUGGUUGGUUGAUUGAUUGAUUGAUUGAUUGCCUGACUGAAUGAUUCUUUACCCUAUCAAAGCCGUGCUAUACUUCCAUAUAGCAUGUGGUUCAUCAUUUGAGAAGGAGAACUACUAAAGGUGCUAAUGAGAGUGCCUUCCAUAAAGUUAUAUGAAGACAUACUGUAUAUUCCAGGAAAUGUUUUUUUUACCACAAUUUUUUUUUGUUAAGGCAGAUGGGACUCUUGAUGAUUUCACACUUUGCAUUGCUAGGACAGAAACAUUGAUUCGUUUGUUCUGUUCUCCGAGAACAGGCGUCAUGGAGCAAAAUGAAAUGGAGUGAGAUGUAAACUACGAAGAAAUACUAAGUUCCUUGUCGGGAAGUGUUUUGUUUUUCCUUUUCCUACAAAGUUAUUCUCUACAAUCUGUCAUGUACUCACAGUAAAUGUUUGUCACAUUGCACAUAGUCUUGUACUGUAUUUAUAGAAGAAAAAUGAGUGACUCCUGAAACAAAUAUAAUUACAAAUAACUACUUUUCUUGUUUUGUU